ACAUAUUUUCUCAUUUUUAACGAGGAGAGUCAACAAAGCAGUACCACCCUCCUACUAACAAGUCACUAACAAAGAUGUUGUCUUUCAAGAACAUAGAUAACUGUGUAUCUGUGCGUGUGUGAGAAAAAAAAAAAACACUCUGUUUGCUUACUCUAUCGUGUCUGACUCGAGGGUUCUCUUUGCUCACUUCUUUGCCACUAUUCUUGACUCAACACCCAUUAAUCCAAAAAAACAAAUAAAGGAAAUACUAAUCAAGUGUAUUUUGUUCUUGUUGAAAAAGGGGCUAUUAGAAUCUGUUUUGUCUUUGUUCAGAUCCAAGUUAUCAUCUUUUCUAACCCCCCCCACCCCCCAUUUUAUGUUUUUCUUGGUAAGCUUGCUUUUGCCUCUUUAUUAUACAGCUGUUUCUUUGACUGUGUCGGUUUCUAUUUCUUGUUUUCUUGCUGACUGAUGAGGUAAAGUUAUGAUCUUUAAGACCCUUUUGGCAUGUUUUGACUUGCUUUUUAUAGUUCAUGAUAUAGAGGUGGAUCUUGGAUUUUUGUACGAGUGACUUCCUGCUAAUUUGUGGAAAUGAAUUCGUGGAGCUGUUUGGUUUAGCGUAGCUGAUUUGAACGCAGGAUUGUCAAGCAGCUUUGAUGAUAUCAGUCUUCUGAUGCAGAUGUUUCUCAAGGCAUUUAUAAACUUUUGACUCAAAUGUUGAUGGAAACCCGAGAUUGAAGUAGGUUGAAGCAUUAUAGAAUAAUGGGUGGUCUUUGCUCUAGAAGAGCCACCAGUGAGAAUACAACAGGUCGUUCCAUACCACAUGUCAACGGUCACUUCAACUAUGGUGCUGGAACAGUUUAUCAGUCACAUAGAUUGCCCACACAGGCAAAUAAUGAUACUAUGCGAUCUCCAUCCGGAGAAAGCACAGAAAAGCAACCAAGUGAACCAGUGUUCUCUUUUCCAGAGAUGAAUGCAGCUUCCCACGGUCUUGAAAUGGAUGAUAUAAAUGAUGGAAUUCCUCGAUUGUCUCGGGCAUUAUCAAAUAAAACCAGAUCAACAAGGUCAAAGCAGGUUGCCAGGGCAAAGGUUUCAGAAGUGAGUUCACUUUUGGGCAGAGCUGGUACAGUGGGGUUUGGCAAGGCAGUAGAUGUGUUGGACACUCUAGGUAGCAGCAUGACAAAUUUAAACCUUAGUGGUGGCUUUGCAUCCAGCAUGGCAACCAAGGGAAAUAAAAUUUCCAUUUUGGCAUUUGAAGUUGCAAAUACAAUUGUCAAAGGUGCCAAUCUUAUGUAUUCCCUUUCAAAAGAGAACAUUAAGCAUUUGAAGGAGGUGGUUCUCCCUUCUGAAGGUGUGCAGUUGUUGAUAUCAAAAGAUAUGGAUGAGCUCUUCAGAAUUGCUGCAGCAGACAAAAGGGAUGAACUGAAAAUAUUCUCUUGUGAAGUGGUUCGCUUUGGAAAUAGUUGCAAAGAUCCUCAAUGGCAUAACUUAGACCGUUACUUUGAGAAGUUGGAAUCAGAAUUGACACCUCAUAAACAAUUAAAAGAAGAAGCUGAGACUGUGAUGCUGCACUUAAUGACCUUGGUACAGUAUACAGCUGAACUAUACCAUGAAUUGCAUGCAUUGGACAGAAUUGAACAAGAUUGUCGACGUAAAGCCCAAGAAGAGGAUACUUCAAAUGCUACUCAGAGAGGAGACGGCCUUGCAAUUUUGAGAGCAGAGUUGAAAAGUCAAAAGAAACAUGUUAAAAGUCUAAAAAAGAAGUCUCUCUGGUCCAAAAUAUUGGAAGAGGUGAUGGAAAAGCUUGUGGACAUUGUCCAUUUUCUCCAUUUGGAGAUCCAUGCUGCAUUUGGCAGCACCGAUGGAGACCGACCAAUAAAAAACAACCAUCAGAGAUUAGGAUCUGCUGGUCUUGCAUUACAUUAUGCAAAUAUCAUUACUCAGAUUGAUACGCUUGUCACCCGAUCAGGUUCAGUGCCCCCAAAUACAAGAGAUGCUUUAUACCAAGGGUUGCCACCAAACAUCAAGUCAGCUUUGCGAUUCAAAGUACAAUCCUUCCAGCUCAAGGAAGAGUUAACUGUGCAACAAAUCAAGGCUGAAAUGGAGAAAACACUGCAGUGGCUUGUUCCCAUGGCAACCAAUACAACCAAGGCCCACCAUGGCUUUGGAUGGGUUGGAGAAUGGGCAAAUACAGGGAAACCUGCUGGCCAGACUGAUCUACUCCGAAUUGAGACACUCUAUCAUGCCGAUAAGGAGAAAACUGAAGCUUAUAUUCUUGAAUUGGUUUUAUGGCUUCAUCAUCUUGUCACUCAGUCGCGAAGUGCUGCAAAUGGUGGAAUCAGAUCUCCUGUGAAAUCUCCAUGCUGUUACCCUAAUCAAAAGAUGAAUCAGUUAACACACAAGCCAAGUUCUCCAUCUCCCGCAUUAACAGUUGAAGACCAAGAAAUGCUUCGGGAUGUAAGCAAGAGAAAACUGACACCCGGAAUAAGCAAGUCUCAAGAAUUUGAUACUGCAAGAACAAGGUUGAGCAAGUUCCACAGGCUGAGUAAGAGUAGUAACCAUACCCCUAUACGUGAAACCAGGAAAGACCCCUUUCCCAUCAGGAGACCGUCUUCUGUUCCAGUGAUUGACUUUGACAUUGAUCGGCUCAAAGCUUUGGAUGUCAUUGAUAGAGUUGAUACAAUUCGAGGUGCAUAAUGGUAAAAACUAUAUAAGCUGUCUUGGCAGAGAUCAUCCUUUAUUUGAGGCGUCAAUUUUCUGCAUGAGCCGGUCAUCACCUUCUGCUGCCGUUGUGCACUAGUUUGUGUUGGGGAACUAGAUAUCAGAAAAAUGUCGAAAAUCUGCUAUCUGUUCUCUGCUGCAGAAUUUCCGGUAAGUUUAGGGUACUAUGAUGAGUGAAAGUGAAUUUUUCGUCUCUUUUUCGUGAAAUGAAAAGUUGGAUUCAAGCCUGGUUGAGUUUGGGCUUUUUAGGGGAGUGAAUGAAUGUACCUUGUAUAAUCCCAUCAUCAUAUGUACAAAAUGUAAUGUAAUAUUUAUUUUAACCUUAAUAAUCAAAAGCUUGUUAUUUGUUUCUCCUA